AUGGCAAGAGGUAGGAACGAUUGUGCAAUUGCUGAUGCUCUACAAGUGAUGGCUCAGGUUCUUGGUAAUUUGAACCAACAACUAGAGAUAGAUUGGUUGGAGAGAUUCCAGCGAAAUAAUCCACCUAGCUUCCGUGGGGGUUAUAAUCCUGAUGGAGCUGCUGACUGGAUAUUCGAAGCUGGCAUCUGGUGGCAAGGUGAUUUGCAAAGAAUGAUAGCUGCAAGUACCCAAGUGAACUGGGAGAAUUUCAAGCGGUUAUUCUUGAAGAAAUACUUUCCGCAAGAUGUGAGACAUAAGAAACAGGUGGUAUUCCUUGAGUUGAAGCAAGGAGAAGAUUUUGUGGCUGAGUAUGUGACUAAGUUUGAAGAAUUGGUCAGAUAUUUAUGA